GUCGUCUUUAAAACCGCCUUCUCCUCUCUCUCCUUGUAUCUCUGUGUUUGUUGCGUGCCUGAUUGGAUUGGCAGAAGAAAGAAAUGGAAUCCCUGCCGUCUAUUUCCCCCUCCAUGUCGAUCGUAUAUCAACAGUGGCCGAGACGGAGGAUGUUCUUCACCUGCCCUAGAAGAAGACAUGAUCGUAUACCUGCCGCAUCGUUUUCCUCUUUCUUGAGCACAAGCACACCCAUUUCUCACUUCCCCGAACCUUGUUCAAUGACCCCAAGGGGACGAAGAAGAGAAACGACCGCAUGCGGAUCCAGCACCCGAGGAGGGGAUGCUGGGGAAGAUGACGGUAACGAUCUGGAAAAGGCACUUCACAUGGACGGAAGUAUUCCAGGGACCUCCGAUGAGUUCGUGAAGCAGGUAUCUUCCCGCGCCUACGAUAUGCGCCGACACUUAGAACAGACCAUAGAUUGCAGCAGCUAUGAUGUUUUGGAGGCCAAUCCAUGGAGAGAAGCAUCAAAACCUGUUUAUGUGCUGACCCAAAGGGAAAAUCAACUGUGCACAAUGAAAACACGAAGAAGUCGCAGUGAGGUCGAAAGAGAGCUUGGGCUACUGUUUUCUAAAGGUGGAAAAUGGAGAUCAGAAAUUGGAAAUACAGCUAAGCCCAGGACCAGCACAAAGUUCCAUAUGCUUGUUGAGGAUAUCAGGGAAGGAGUCCUUGUCUUUGAAGAUGAGCACGAUGCGGCAAGAUACUGUGAUCUACUACAGGGAGGAGGCCAAGGUUGUGAAGGCAUUGCAGAACUUGAGGCAGCAUCGGUAUUUGAUAUUUGCCGCAAAAUGAGGGCUCUUGCUGUUCUGUUUCGUCGAGGAAGAACGCUGCCUUUGCCCGAAAGCCUCCAGCAGAAUUUGAAAGCGAGAAAGCGGUCACUGGAAGACCGAGAGGAUUUGAUUUGAAGCUAUACUUACGCUAAAAUGCAUAAUUGUAUAUUGUCUGAUAUUUCUAUAUGCGCUGUCAUCUCCAAUAAAGUUAAUAAAGGUGUUGUUCAUGCU